GUAUUUAUUUUAACUUUUUUCCCCCGAUGAGAGUGGAAAACCAUUGGAACAGGAAACAUAACUGUGUGCGCUCACAAAAAAGUUUAACUCUGCGGACAAACGGAACUUGUUCUCUGUGAAAGUAGUUCCGGCGGACGGCGUCACGGCCUCUGACGUCAGCGUCCGAGCGCGCAAUUCAGUUUGGCGGUUCCCGACUCUGCUGAGGCCGGGCAGGGAUGUGGGCGCGAACGAACCGAGCGACUGAGGAGUUUUACGCUCGCCUCCGGCAGGAAUUUAAUGAGGAAAAGAAAGGAAUCUGUAAAGACCCAUUUAUCUAUGAGGCUGAUGUUCAAGUGCAGCUGAUCAGCAAGGGUCAACCAAACCCUAUUAAAAAUAUUCUAAGUGAAAAUGACUUGGUCUUCGUCCUGGAAAAAGUGCCUUUAGAAAAGGAAGAAACAAGUCAUGUUGAAGAACUACAGUCUGAAGAAACUGCUAUUUCUGAUUUCUCUGCUGGCGAGCAUACUGGGCCACUCCCUUUAUCAGUUGGGAGAGCAAGACAGUUCAUUGGGCUCUACACCAUGGCUCACAACCCUAAUAUGACCCAUUUGAAAGUCGAGCGGCCCGUUACGGCCCUCCCUCCCCUCUGGGUCAGAUGCGACGGCUCGGAUCCCGAGGGCACCUGCUGGCUAGGAGCUGAGCUCGUCACGGCUGGCGGCAGCAUCACAGGAGUUGUCCUGUAUGCCAUCAGUUGUAAAGCUGAUAAAAAUUACUCUCCAAGUCUGGAAAACUUAAAAAAUGCUCACAAGAAGAGACAUCACUUGUCUACUGUGACAGCCAGAGGCUUUGCGCAGUACGAGCUCUUCAAGUCCAGUGUCUUGGAUGACGCGGUCGCCCCGUCACACACGGCCAUCACUCUGGAUAUUUCCUGGAGCCCUGUGGAUGAGAUGCUUCAAGUCCCUCCGCUCUCUUCAGCCGCCACUCUGAAUAUCAAAGUGGAGUCAGGAGAGCCCAGAGGUUGCUUGACUCAUCUUCACAGAGAACUGAAAUUUCUCCUUGUUCUGGCCGACGGCUUGAGGACCGGUGUGACUGAGUGGCUCGAGCCUCUGGAAGCAAAGUCUGCCGUUGAGCUGGUGCAAGAGUUCCUGAGUGAACUAAAUAAGCUGGAUGGAUUUGGUGACUCUACAAAAAAAGACCCAGAGACCGUGAAGCACGACACUGCUGCAGUUGAUAGAUCCGUCCUUGUCACGGUGCGGGGUGACCUGGAUUUUGUUGAACAACUUUGGUGCAAAAUGAGCAGCAGUGUGGUGUCCUAUCAAGACCUGGUGAAGUGUUUGACGCUGAUCAUGCAGAGUCUCCAGCGCGGUGACGUCCAGCCGUGGCUCCAUAGUGGGAGUAACAGUUUACUAAGCAAGCUCAUUCAUCAGUCUUAUCACGGAGCCAUGGACACAGUUUCCCUCAGCGGGACUGUUCCACUUCAGAUGCUUUUGGAAAUUGGUUUGGACAAACUGAAGAAAGACUAUAUCAGUUUUUUCAUAGGUCAGGAGCUUGCAUCUUUGAAUCAUUUGGAAUAUUUCACUUCUCCGUCGGAAGAGAUCCAAGAGCAGGUUCAUCGUGUUCAGAAACUCCACCACGUUCUAGAGAUCGUGGUCAGCUGCAUGCUUUUCCUUAAGCCUCAGCACGACUUCCUGUUUUCUUUAACACAAUCCUGCAUAAAAUAUUAUAAACAAAAUCCUUUGGAUGAACAGCACAUUUUUCAGCUGCCAGUCAGACCAGCUUGUGUAAAAAACUUCUAUCAGAGCGAGAAGCCACAGAAGUGGAAAGUGGAAAUAAACGGUGGUCAAAAGAAGGUUAGAACAGUGUGGCAGCUGAGUGACAGCUCGCCUGUGGAGCACCUCAAUUACCACAGACCUGACUCCUCGGAUUUAACCCUAAAUGGGAGCCUGGAAGAAAGGCCGACUUUCACCACCACGGUCACCUGUAGCCAGGUGCACUUCAAGUAAAGGAUCCUGGGGCCUCACUGCCACGGGUGAACUCGAUCUCACUGUGUAUGUCAAGGCAGCCUCAAACUAAGGGUGACCUUCCUGUCUCAGCCUCCUGAGUGCUGGGAUUACAGACGUGCACCAUCACACUCGGCCAAUAGUGAACUGAUUUACUAUAAAAAGUUGAUCUCAGGAACGUAGACACACUCAUUCCUUUGGUGCCUACCCAGUGCUUUCGCCAAGCGGGAAGCAAGAUCUACAACCUCAAAGGGUCAUGUCUCUGCGGUGACGCUGUCUUUCACACAGGACAGUGCCACUUUGGGGCAGAUUUGCAGUGAAGAAACCCCAGUCUCAACUGUACUCUCUGGCCCUGUUUCUGUGAAACGAGAAACUGCGUGAUGUACAGCCAGAUGUCCGGGCCGACCUCAGCAGAGGUGAGAUCACAGGAGAGUUUAUUGCCCUUACACGAUUUCUCUUUUCCAAUCUCAAAGCCUGGCACGUACCCUGAAGAGGAGCAGGGACAGCAGCUCUCCCGGAGCCUCGCCACAGACGCGUACACAGCGCGCCCGCGGCAGGGGAGGACGGCCCGCAGAUCCCCCGAGGGCGCGGCUGCUGCCCUCCCGCCGGGCGCAGCG